GGGGGAACGAUAGUGCUCAGUAUCUCGAGAUAUCUUCGUCCUCUUUGUAGUAUCGUUUAUAAAAGGUCUCUGGCUUGACGUCAACACGUGGCGUGCGUGUGUGAAUCGUAUCGUCAUCGUCAAAUCUACGAAAGAGAAAAACUUAUUUCAUUUUUCGGAUAUUCGAGAUUAUUGUGAGGUUUUUAACUAAAUAAGAUUCGGCCAGAUAAGUGUUGUUCUCGUGUGUGUGUUAAUAAUGUUUAAUGGCGAUCGAGUGAGAAAGUAAAGCAGAAGAAGAAGAAGAAGGAGAAGAAGAAGUAGAAGAAUAAAGAAUAAUUAGAAGAGAAGGCAGUACUUUUUCUUUUUUUUCUCUCUAUUUCUCUGUCUCUCUCUCUCUCUCUCUUUCUUUGUAGUUCUUUGUAUUUCUGUCUGUCUGUCUGUCUCUUUUCAUAAGUGCUUCAACAGGUGUUUCGUCCUGUGCAAUUAAAAAAAGAUCGUAGACGUUUACUAAAUCGCAAGGGUUUUGAAAAUAGGUAAAAAAGGACAAAACUAGAGAAAGAGAGAAAAAGAGAAAGAGAGAGAGAGAAAGAGACAGGAAGAGUGAGAGUGAGAGUGAGAGAGAAAAAGAGUGAGGAAGAUAUUAGAGGAAGAAUACCAGAAAAAAGAGGGGAGUGUGUACGUCGCGUGGAGCAGGUAGUCGACAAUAUCUUUGCUCGACGACCAUCGUUGUUGUCAAGAUGGCGUCGAAAGGGAAGCUGGCGACCGAACAUGGCCGCUCAGAUUCAUACAGGGUCGCCACAUUACCCAACAUUCGCGAUGACAACAAAACGGCUGAUGGAAUGUACAAGUCGCGGCGAAAGAACCCAAAGCGGAAGGGAGAAAAUUUGGACGAUUUGAAGCAAGAGUUGGAUAUCGACUUCCACAAAAUCACACCCGAAGAACUUUAUCAAAGAUUUCAGACGCAUCCUGAAAACGGCCUCAGUCACGCGAAAGCAAAGGAGAACCUUGAAAGGGACGGACCGAAUGCUUUAACGCCACCAAAGCAAACACCAGAAUGGUUAAAAUUCUGCAAGAAUCUAUUCGGUGGUUUUGCCCUAUUACUAUGGAUCGGUGCGAUCCUUUGUUUCAUCGCAUACUCAAUUCAGGCAUCGACGAGCGAGGACCCGAACGACGACAAUCUUUACCUCGGGAUCGUUUUAGCGGCGGUCGUCAUAGUUACCGGUAUAUUCUCGUAUUAUCAGGAAAGCAAGUCUAGCAAGAUAAUGGAAUCGUUUAAGAACAUGGUACCGCAAUUCGCGACGGUGAUAAGAGAAGGCGAAAAGUUAACACUUAGAGCGGAAGAUUUGGUAUUGGGCGACGUUGUAGAGGUCAAAUUUGGUGAUCGUAUACCAGCGGAUAUUAGGAUUAUCGAGUCACGAGGAUUUAAGGUGGACAACAGCUCGCUCACUGGCGAAUCGGAGCCCCAAUCAAGGUCACCGGAGUUCACGCACGAAAAUCCAUUGGAAACGAAAAAUUUAGCAUUCUUCUCGACCAAUGCAGUAGAGGGUACGGCAAAGGGCGUUGUUAUCUGUUGCGGUGAUCAAACGGUCAUGGGUAGGAUCGCUGGAUUGGCAUCUGGUCUUGAUACCGGUGAAACCCCGAUCGCUAAAGAAAUCCAUCACUUUAUUCAUCUUAUCACAGGCGUGGCCGUAUUCCUUGGAUUAACGUUCUUUUUAAUAGCCUUCAUUCUUGGUUAUCAUUGGUUGGACGCCGUUAUCUUCCUUAUUGGUAUUAUCGUCGCUAACGUGCCGGAAGGAUUAUUGGCUACCGUAACUGUUUGUCUUACGUUAACUGCUAAAAGGAUGGCCUCGAAGAAUUGUCUCGUUAAGAAUCUCGAAGCUGUAGAAACUCUUGGCUCUACGUCUACCAUCUGUUCCGACAAAACCGGUACCCUAACCCAAAACAGAAUGACCGUCGCUCACAUGUGGUUCGACAAUCAGAUUAUCGAGGCCGACACCACCGAAAAUCAAUCUGGAUUGCAAUACGAUCGCACCAGUCCUGGAUUCAAGGCAUUGUCGAAAAUCGCUACACUUUGCAAUCGUGCCGAAUUUAAGCCGGGCCAAGAGAACGUACCGAUUUUACAAAGGGAGGUCAAUGGCGAUGCUUCCGAGGCUGCCCUUCUCAAAUGUAUGGAACUUGCACAUGGCGAUGUUAUGGGUAUGAGGAAGAAGAACAAGAAGGUCUGCGAGAUACCGUUCAAUUCUACAAACAAGUAUCAAGUAUCGAUCCACGAAUCCGACGAUCCUAACGAUCCGCGACAUCUGUUGGUUAUGAAGGGUGCACCAGAAAGGAUUUUAGACAGAUGCUCGACCAUAUUCAUCGGCGGUAAGGAAAAGGUAUUGGACGAGGAAAUGAAGGAGGCAUUUAACAACGCAUAUCUAGAACUCGGUGGGCUCGGUGAACGUGUACUUGGUUUCUGCGAUUUCGUACUGCCGUCCGACAAGUUCCCUAUCGGCUUCAAAUUCAAUUCCGACGACCCGAA